AUGAAUCACGGCGAAGCUAGUGGUUCUCGGGGACUGAACAGAGCAAAGAGAAAAGCAAGUAAAGGGUACACUGGAAUUGUCAUUAGACAUGGAAUGGUUCUUCUCAAGAACUACUUGUCAAUCAAUGAUCAAGUGAUGAUUGUGAACAAAUGCCUUCAGCUUGGUUUGGGUGAAGGAGGCUUCUAUCAACCAGGUUAUCGAGACGGAGGGUCACUGCAUUUGAAAAUGAUGUGUUUUGGGAAAAAUUGGGACUGUGAAACGGGUCAAUAUGGAGAACCUCAACCGAUUGAUGGUUCUAUUCCACCUCAAAUUCCUCCUGAAAUCAGUCACCUUGUUGGGAAAGCAAUCAAAGAUUCACAGUCCCUAGUUGAUGCAAAAGGAGAAGAUGCACUUCCCCCAAAGCUCUUGUUCAAGAAACAAGUCUCCGACUAG